CCUUGUUAUGCAGAAUUCUUUGGACUUUAGUAAUCGAGAAACAUUUGAGUGUCUAUUCUUGGAAUAUUGGGUUAUAAUUAAGAAGGAGGAGAAUUUGACAUCGGAAGAUCUUCAAUCUGCAAAUACUGCUUUUAAAAAUUGGAACAAAAGUAUUAGUUCUGACUCAGUUUUGGUUGAGAGUUCAGAAAGCGAUACAAUGUCAAGCUUCUAUAGUGAAGAUGAAGAAAAAGAAAUAAAGUCCCCACAAGUAAUGAAGAAAUCCAAAGAUGAAGCGUCUGGAAGCAAAAACAAAGCCGCCAAACCGAAAAGAAAAUUUAUUGACUGGGGAUCAGAAGCUCUCAUCGAAUUUCUUACAUCUAUUGGUAAACAGACAAUCGAUAAAUUAUCACAGUAUGAGGUGUCUUCUAUUGUCAGUCGAUACAUCAGUGAUAACAACUUAUGUAGUAUGGAAAAGAAGAAGAAGGUUUUGUGUGAUGCGAGAUUACAAUCACUAUUUCAGAAGAAAACAUUGAACAAAAACAAAAUAUAUGACCUCCUAGAACUCCAUUUUGCUGAAAACAUUGAAGUACUCGACGAUGAAUUCUGGUCAUUUUUAUCGGAUGAGGAUGAUGAUGGUGUGACUGCGUCAACAAAAAAGAAGAGAACGUUAAGCACAAUUAAGGAAGCUGCAGAAACAGAGGAAGUGCAGGAGGAGGGUCCAAAAAGUUGUUUUGCAUCAAUUGUUGAGGAAAACAUCAAGCUUGUCUUUCUCAUGAAGAGUCUAGUGAAAAAAAUGUUGGAUAACAACGAGUCUGAGGCUUUUGAUGCCAAAGUAAUAGGCUGCUUUGUGAAAAUCAGAUCAGACCCAAUGGAUUACUCGCAGAAAAACCGUUUUCAACUCGUGCUAAUAACAGGUUUGUAUUUGCACAUAUCAUGCAUCCAUAUUAGUGUGAAUCGGAUUAUGCAGGAUGAUAAGAUGAAGGUUAACCUGCAAGCCUCAACUGGGAGAGUAAACAUCGACUUAGAUGUAGAGAAGUUAUUCGAUGGUAUAUUCAACAAGGAUGAAGUGGAUGACUUGAGGAACAGAGUGGAGGAUGGUUCAAUCCCUAGGCCCACUGUAGUGGACCUUGAUAUGAAGGCCAGAUCUUUGCAUGUAGAGAUCACAAAUCAUGCAAUUGAAAGAGAAUUAAUAUCUGUGGGCAAUCUUAUUGAUGUUUAUAAUGAGAAAGGGUGGAGGGAAAAAUUGUUUGUAGUCCUAGAUAGGAGAGAACUUCUUAAAUCACCAGAAGAACAGAGAAGAAUGUUAGAGACGGUUCCUCAGGUGGUUGCUGCUCCAUUAGAGCUCGAUCUUAAUGCAUCUCCCACCCUCAAUGUUCAAGCCUGUGUAACCUUAGGUUCAAAGGAAGACAAUGUCUCGACGCCUUUGGUUAAUGGGGAAAUGCCUACGGCUAAUGAACCAGAAGCAGGCAAUGUUGGAGAAAAUAAUGAAACAGAAAUAAUCUACAGUGAUGAAGAUGACUCCUGGAUGUUAUCCUGGAUGUGGUGA